AUACAAGACGCCAUAUUGCUCUCAGCUGGACUCGGGAGUUUGCGUGAAGGAAAUAAUAAUACCUAGCUACACCUAGGCGUUUCUGACAUUAUUCAUCUUAAAUGGACGAGAUGGCAAGCCCAGGGAAUGACCGAAUGAAGAGUUACAAGAACAAAGCGCUGAACCCACAGGAGAUGCGCCGGAGGAGAGAGGAGGAGGGGAUCCAACUCCGCAAACAGAAGAGAGAAGAGCAGCUGUUCAAGAGGAGGAAUGUGUGUGUGCCCUUGGGCGAUGAGUCUAUGUUAGAAUGCCCUAUCCAGGACCCCGACAUCAGCUCCACUGCACCAGUCUCAGGUGAAGGUGUCAUAACUCCAGAGAUGAUCCAGAUGAUCUUCUCUGAGGAUCCAGACCAGCAGCUGAUCGCCACACAGAAAUUCAGGAAGUUACUCUCCAAAGAGCCCAACCCUCCCAUCGAUGAGGUCAUUCUCACCCCAGGGGUCGUCAAUAAGUUUGUGGAGUUUCUCAAGAGGAGUGAGAACUGCACUCUUCAGUUUGAGGCAGCCUGGGCCCUGACCAACAUUGCCUCUGGGACCUUCCUGCACACCAAGGUGGUUAUCGAGACGGGAGCCGUGCCCAUCUUCAUCGAGCUGCUCAACUCGGACUACGAGGACGUCCAGGAGCAGGCCGUGUGGGCCCUGGGGAACAUCGCCGGGGACAACGCAGAGUGCAGAGACUACGUUCUCAACUGUGGCAUCCUGCCCUCCCUACAACAGCUGCUGGCUAAAUCCAACCGUCUCACCACAACUAGGAAUGCUGUAUGGGCUCUGUCUAACCUGUGUAGAGGGAAGAACCCCCCUAUAGAUGCCAACAUCUUCCCAGUGCUGAUAGAGAUUCUUCAGAAGGCAGAGUUCCGCACCAGGAAGGAAGCAGCGUGGGCUAUAACCAACGCUACCUCUGGGGGCACUCCUGAGCAGAUCAGGUACCUGGUUAGUCUGAACACCAUCAAGCCCAUGUGUGACCUGCUGACAGUGAUGGACAGUAAGAUAGUGCAGGUGUCACUGAACGGCCUGGAGAACAUCCUGAGACUGGGAGAGCAGGAGGCCAAGCAGAACGGCACUGGCAUCAAUCCUUACUGUGCCCUCAUAGAGGAAGCCUAUGGUCUGGACAAGAUAGAGUUCCUGCAGAGCCAUGAGAAUCAGGAGAUCUACCAGAAGGCUUUUGACCUGAUCGAGCACUACUUUGGUGUGGAGGAGGAGGACGCUAGCAUCGCCCCACAGGUGGACCAGAACCAAGGCCAGUUCAUCUUCCAGCAGCAGGACGGGCCCAUGGAGGGCUUCCAGCUCUAACCACCACUUGACCUUUGACCUUCACCCCUCUGAGUAUCUACUACUACUACCCCCCCCCCAUCACCCCAGAGAGUCCAGUCUCCAUAGGGCUGUUUUAGACCUGAACAGAUGACACUACCCCAUCUCUCCUCUCUCACUGGACACACCUGCUCUACCUCUCUCUCCAAAUCUUCCUCUCCUGCAAGGCUAGCCUUGCCCUGCCACAGCACCCUAUCUGGAAAGAGCAAGAGAGCGAGCACGAGAGAGAGAGCCUGACUGACUGAAAGACUGACUGAGGACAGCUCAUUCUUAGUGUUUGAGGACAGCUCAUUCUUUCUAUUGUAGACUAUACCGUCUGUGCAGUGGCAAGCCUAACAUGGUAGGCAUAGGAAAGAAAGAGUUGGCUAAUAUUUUGUCUUACUCCCUAAAAUGUUUUAUUUUAUUUUAUAAUUUCCUGUGAUAUUAUUAUUACGACACUGGUGUCUCAAUCGUCCUCCAUAUCUCCUUUUUAAAUGUGAAAUGACCUCUUCAGUCUUCAAAAAUAUAACAAAAGAUAUGAACACAUGAAGCAUUUGACUGAGGAUUCUCUGGAUUUCACCAGAUAGUCCAAACUAUCCCUACUAGUGUCCGGAAGAGGUUUAGUGACUGUAUCAGCUCAUUUCCUCACUUGUACCCUUUGACCAGAGCUGAGAGAACGGUAGGCUACAGACAGCCUACUGUUUUCAUUGGGAGGAUGUCAAGAUGAUAAUGAUGAUGUGUGUAUUCCAGUGACAUAUUAUUUAAGUUGGAAAGCAGCUGCACAUCUCUUUCUCUGGGGUCUCUCUUCAGUGUUGAAAUGGACUAUGGUUGACCUGGAGAUUCCUAAUCUUAUUUAUUCCGUUGAAAUGUCUUUCUGCUAAUUUGAGAGAAAGAUGGUCAAAAACUGUCAUUAUCAUCUUCUCUCCACUCCUUGGCCCUGGCUGCAAUAUUAACGUUAGAAUAACAUCAGGACACCAGUUGCAUCGAACUGACUGCAGUAAUGUAGAUGCAUUGUGUAGGGCAGCACUGCAUGUAACUUGCUGCAUUAGUCAGCAUAGCGUUUAGCCAGGCUUAUGCUUAUCUGUAACAACGUUACGGUAGGAUUGACACAACGUUAGGGCAACGUUGAGGAGUGUUCUGCUUGUGUGAGUGCUCCUUAUUGAAGCGCCGCCAGCAGGCCACAGUACAGGACCAGACGGGUUAGGUUCAGUGACUAGCGUCUGUCGUGUGAUGCAGUGUCUGUAACAAUCUCCAGGUGAAUAAAAACACAGGCUCUCAGAGUUCUUUUGUAGUUUUUUCCUUCAUCUCACCAUGAGUUAUUAUGAUGUCAUGACUUAUUUGUUUUGCUGCAGUCUUUUUGUUUAAUUGGUGGUGGUUAACUUUGCAUUGGACUUAACGCUAUUGGACGUUGAUAGAAAAUGCUCAGUUGAACUCUAGUGCUUUGUAUAUUAUAUAUACAUGUAAGAAAUGAUAUAGGGGAAAGAAAUACCUACUAAUUGGAAGGGGUGAUUUUAUUAAUUGCAGUAUAAUGUGUUUUCUGACAGAUGCAGUAGUGUUGUACUUAUGGUUGAGUCUUUGCACACUUACCUGUUGCUGCUUUAUUCUGAUCUUCUGUUGGUCAUGUGUUUGUCUCCUCUGGUUCCCAUCAUUUUUAGAACAGCUUCUAGAAAAUGUUUUGUUUUGAACGGCUUCCAGAACAUGUUUUGUUUAGAACUCCUUACGUUUUUUAAAUCUUUUUGUAAAAACUUUACAUGAACUCUUGAUUGGUGGAGGGAACCCAACCUGGCUAUACUGAACUGCUGAGCUUUUAUUAGUGUGUGUGUGUGACUACAAGCACAGUAUUUCAGCAUUCUACUUUUCUUUUAGUUUUAAACUCAUCACUCCUGAAUCCUGGCUCCUUACUUUUGGCAUGUUAUGUUUUUGAAAAUUGUAGAUGCUGUAUACAUUUUGAGUACCAUAUUAAUUGAUCCUACGACUUGGAAAUUAUAUAUAUAUUUACUUGAGAUGGAAACAGUUUGUAGUGCUACAUUUUGUCAUGCACAUUCAACAAUUUAUAGUUUUCUAGUAUUUCUCAUGUUUGUACGAUUGGAUGAUAUUAUUUUUAUGUUUUAGGUUGAUUUAUUUGUCCUUCAUUUGGGAAUUGUUUUGUUUUGGUUCUGAAACCGAGGCUAAAAGAACUGCUGUGGUAUUCUGUUCAGAAUCCUCUAGUUUAGGUGGUUACCAUAUCAUGUCGCCGUUGUGGUUCUGUUUACUUUAACCCAAUGGACCACAGAGGGCUGUGUGUGAAGCUGGACUCAACAGCUCCUCUCUGUGUUACUCAUGGAGCUGUUGUCUGGCUCUCUUUUGAUGGGUUAAUGUGGACUGUAAAAUAUUGAAGAAUAAAGAAAUGAAAUAAAAUGAUCUGUUAUACAAGG